CUAGUUCGAUAUAAACAUAUCUGGAUAUCGGUAUAUAUCGACAAAGUAGGAAAUAAUUUCCUCCACACUUGAUAAAUAUUAAAUUUAUUUGCACUUUUGCAAGCGACAAUUGCCUUAUUUUAUCCGCGACUUGGCCGCUUAAGAGAAGACUGCAUUCUUCCGCAACCGCAACAGGCAUAUAAUCGGCGUCCGGUUGAGUGAAAACAUUACGUAGAGGCCGCCUCUAGGAAAAAAGAAAGAAAGAGGAUCUAAAAAUAUUCUUAAUCGCUGUGAAAGUAGCCAGCCAGCCAGUGUAUUGAAAUAGCGCCUGAAAUCAACAAUAUUAUUAUUAACUGCAAUCAUGGUACUCAAAGUCUACGUCAGCGGCAUGUCCGGCAAUAAGGAGGUGAAGAAGCGCCAACAGCGCGUUCUCAUGAUCCUCGACAGCAAGAACAUCCAGUAUGACACGGUGGACAUCACGGAGCCCGGCAAGGAGUCCGAGAAGGAGCUGAUGCAGAACAAAUCGACGAGCAACGGCGGCACUGUCAGCGACCCGGAGCCCCGUCACCCCCUGCCACCGCAGAUCUUCAAUGAUGAGGACUACUGCGGCGACUAUGACGCCUUCGACAUGGCCAACGAGAUCGACACCCUGGAGGUGUUCCUCAAGUUGGCCCCGGCAGACACCACGGCUGUUAGCACCGCCCAGAUCGAACUGAAGCAGGAGAACGGCGAGGCCAAGAAGGAGGAGGCUGAAGCGGAGGGAGAGUCCGAGGACAAGGACAAGCCGGAGGGGGGAGAGGGCGACACCAACGGCGAGACGGCGGAGAAGGCGGAGAACAAGGACGAGGACGGCGAGGAGAAGCCCGAAGGCGCAGAAGAUGGCGCCAAGGAAGAGGACACCACUGAUAAGACUGAGACAGAAGAGAAGGCGGAAGAAGAUGCAGAGAAAUCGGAGAAGGCUGAGAAUGAAACGAAAGAAGAAUCCGAAGGGGAUGACACGAAAGAAGAAUCUAAAGACGAUGAAGGAGAGGAGAAAUCUGGGGAGGAAGAAACCAAAGAAGAAUCUAAGGAGGAAGAAACCAAAGAUGAAUCGAAGGAGGAAGAAACCAAAGAAGAAUCUAAGGAGGAAGAAACCAAAGAAGAAUCUAAGGAUGAAGAAACCAAAGAAGAAUCUAAAGAGGAUGAAGGUAAAGUAGAAUCUAAAGAGGAUAAAGGCAAAGAAGAAUCUGAGAAGAAAGAAACCAAAGAAGAAUCUAAAGAGGAUGAAGCCAAUGAAGAAUCUAAAGAGGAAAAAACCAAAGUAGAAUCUGAGGAGAAAGAAACCAAAGAAGAAUCUGAGGAGAAAGAAACCAAAGAAGAAUCUAAAGAGGAUGAAGGUAAAGUAGAAUCUAAAGAGGAUGAAGGCAAAGAAGAAUCUAAAGAGGAUGAAGGCAAAGAAGAAUCUAAAGAGGAAAAAACCAAAGUAGAAUCUGAGGAGAAAGAAACCAAAGUAGAAUCUGAGGAGAAAGAAACCAAAGAAGAAUCUAAGGAGGAAGAAACCAAAGAAGAAUCUGAAGAAGAAAGCAAAGAAAAGUCCGAGGAGGAUGAAAAAGAAACUGAAAAUAAGACCGAAGAAGAGGACGCUGAUGAAGAGUCUUCUGAAGAGGAAGACGACAAAGAAAAAACCGAAGAAGGUGAAGCCAACGAUGAGACUAAAGAAAGUACUGAGGAAGAUGCGACCAAAGAGAGCAAAGCAGAAACGGAUAAAGAUUUAGGAAAAGAGGAGACUGUUGAAAAAGAAUCUAGCGAAAAAGAUGCCGAAGAAAAGUCGGAAGAAACCACUGAAGAAAAACAAGAGAAGACAGAAGAACAGGAUAGCAGUAAAGCGGAGGAGAAAGUUGAAAGUGAAGAAGAAUCUUCGGAGGAAGAAAGCGAGAAAGAGGAAUAACUGUAACCUGCCCCCCAAAAAACGAACCAUCGACAUGAGAAACCCAAAACAUGGCAUCUGCAUAAGAUAUAAAAAAAAAAACACUCAUUCAUACGCACAUCCUAAAAAAAAAAUGCACAUUUAGCCAAUAAUAUCUAAAGUUUUGUAAAUAGACACAAGAACCCACUAAUAGCGAACAUGGUGACGGGUAUCGAACCCUAGAUUAAGGGCCUUUUGUGACAAUUCUUAUUAAAUAACCUUUCUUAUCCCACCCCCAACGCGACCCUAACGCCACAGGUUGCCCUGACGACCCCGGAAACAUCGCCAUCUGUCGGAGACAUCCAACAUCCUCCGGCUACUACUUCCUCCGAUUCUCAAUCAGCUCUCUUAUUGGAAAGUGAGCGAACGGCUGCAUCGCUUUAAUUUUCAUUUUUUUUAAAUAGUUAACUGAAAAUAAAAAAAAAUUGUUCAAUUUUUAA